CCGACUUGGAAUAAGAUCGCGACCGAGCAAGAUGCCCCGGCGCCAGGCGACGCGGCCGCUCCUCGCGAUGGACAUGCGCAUCGUGUAUCGCAUGUACCGGUACAAGGAGGCGUGGCCAAGCCUCAGCGUCGUCUUGCACAGUCUUACGUCGCGGUACCGGACGCAGGACAUUUCGCUCGUCCUUUGGUUUAUCUUUGUGGCCAUGACACCCGAGCUCGGGUUUCGCUACGUCUGGAACGUUGUCGGGAAUCUUUUCGCGGUGUUUGCGCUGCAGUACGUCGUCCAAGCCAAGCGGCCCAUCGACUACGACGCCCGCUUGCACCUCCCGGAGUGCACGGACCCCGACACGAUGGGGUUUCCGUCGCUCGACUCGCACAUGGCGAUCGUCAUUGUCGGUCCAACGUACUUUGUACCGUCUGUCUCGCCCGUCACGAGCGCGAUCUUCACCGCCUGUGUGCUCCUCAUUGGGUGGACACGCGUCUGGAUCGGCAUGCGCUUCCCGUCGCAGGUCGUGGCGUCGUGGUUCACUGGCAUUGUUGGCGUCAUCGUCGGCAACCUCUGCCACUACACGCUCCUCGCGUACGAGGUUCCUGCCUACUACAAUCGCGUGUGUCUGUUGCUGCUUAUCGCGAGUGCGGCUUUCUGCCUCGCCACGUGGGUCGAGCGCGCCGAGUGCCGCGUGGUUGGGGUGCCGCGGGCCGAGUUCACGCGCGUGCUCUCGCGCAUUCUGCAUGGCGACGGCUCGGACGGCGCGCCGGUCACGGACCAAACGCUGCUGACGCCGCAAACCAAGAAGCGCGACUCGUUCUACUUUCUCAUGAAGUCGAUGCAAGCCCGCCGCAAAAUGACAAAUUACGACGCCAUGGCAACGAGCGACACUUCGUAGUUAGUAGCUCGUUAGUUCAAGUACGUGGUCAUGAGCUCCUUGA